GAGUGCGGCAGGAAAAGGAUGCCGUAUCUGGGCUGCAGAAACCAGAACUACCACAAGAUGGCAGCAAAGCAGCAUAAAGAACCUCAAUCAUUUGCUGGCCCGGGAAUUGCACCCAAGAUUUCUCUCCCUGAGUGGAAAGGAAGCCCCCAUAGGAGAAGCAAUUGGCUCCAUUGUGGUGGAGCCAAUGCAAGGAAAAAGGUGGCUAUGUCAGCUGAGGCCACAACAGAUUCAUCCCCAUCCCUGGAGAAUUGUGCUCCAUUGGUCCUAACCCAGCACCGACGGGAUGGCAGGGGUGGGGUAACCGAGGUGACUUUGGAUCUCAAGCCCCUGAAUCCCAGCAGCAAGUACGUCAAGCUCAAUGUGGGAGGAUCUCUGCAUUACACCACCGUGCAGACCCUGACCAAGCAAGAUACCAUGCUCAAGGCCAUGUUCAGUGGCCGAAUGGAAGUCCUCACAGAUAGUGAAGGUUGGAUCUUGAUUGACCGAAGCGGCCGCCAUUUUGGAACUAUUUUGAAUUAUUUGCGAGAUGGUUCAGUAUCUCUUCCAGAGUCACAGCGGGAGCUAGAGGAAGUGUUGUGUGAAGCCCGGUACUAUCUGAUCCAAGGUUUGGUUGAGGACUGCCAACUUGCACUACAGCAAAAAAGUGAAGCCUAUGAUCCUCUUUGCCAUAUCCCCAUGGUGACAUCUCCCAAGGAAGAGCAGCAGAUCAUCUCAAGAUGUUCCAAGCCUGUGGUGAAGUUACUGCAUAACAGAAGUAAUAACAAGUAUUCCUAUACCAGUAACUCUGAUGACAACUUACUGAAGAAUAUUGAACUGUUUGACAAACUAGCUCUGAGAUUCAAUGGACGAGUGCUUUUCAUCAAAGAUGUUCUUGGGGAUGAGAUCUGCUGCUGGUCAUUCUAUGGGCAGGGCCGCAAGAUUGCGGAGGUUUGCUGUACUUCCAUUGUCUAUGCCACCGAAAAAAAGCAGACCAAGGUCGAGUUUCCUGAAGCCCGGAUCUUUGAAGAAACGCUGAACAUCCUGAUCUAUGAGACACCACGGGUACCAGACAAGGCCCUCCUGGAAGCCACUGGAGGAGUUGCGGGUGGAGGCGGAGGCCCCCUCCGUGCUGGUGAUGACGAAGAUGGGCGGGAGCACCGCGUCCGGCGUAUUCACGUCCGCAGGCACAUUAUGCAUGACGAACGCCCUCAUGGCCACCAGGCUGUUUUCAAAGACUGAUCCAGCCUUGUUUCCAAGGUCCUCAUCGCUCCAAUUCUUCCGUGCCAAAGGAGGACCAUUUUUCUUUUGAUAUUUAACCCAAGAGGGUCCUCUUUGGUGUUUGUGCUCUUUCUAAGUCUUUUAUGUUCAAGGUCUUUUUAAUAUAUAUAUAUAUAUAUAUAUAUAUAUAUGCAUGUAUAUAUAUAUAUUCCUAUUUUUUAACUAAUUUGAGCACGUCUUCCCCUUCUCACCUACUUUUGUUGUGACAAUAAAAGGCCUUGGUCGUUGUAUAAUUUAUUGGAAUGUUCUAAUUAUUGAUUUGAGUCUUAAUAUCUGGCCUUCUCUUCCCAGCAGCCUGAUCGGUCUGCCUUGUAAUCCUUACAGUACACACAGGUUAAGAUUGUGGUCUUUUCUUCACAGCUUCUUUAAUCUGACUGCUUUCCUUUCAGAAAGGAGACUCCCAUUUAGCUCUAUUCUAAUUAUCCUUAGUCAGAUGGCCUUAUGGUUCCCUAAAGGCUGCUAUAAACUUUAUAUCCUAGAACAUUUUUAAUACCAAAGUAGAUAAGAUCAAAUAUGUAUGUGUAAGUCAAAAUACCUACUUCGAUUUAACUUUGGACUUACACUUUUAAUGACUGCCAUUUUGGUACCUAGUCAAUAUAUUUUUCCAUUUCUUUCUCAGCUGUCUAAGACAAGGUGCUGCCUAAACAAAUUAAUGUUGCUUAUCUAGAUGAUAACAUUAUCACAAGGGUGUCAAACUGGCAGCCCACGGGCCAGAUGCAUCACAUGCAGGCCACAACCACCCCAGCUCCACGAAGGGGAAAAAUGUCAUGAAACGUCACGUGAUGGCAACGUGACGCCGUGAGUUUGACAUUCGUGAUCUAGAUGAUAAUAACUAAUUCUCCAGACUAGAUUUUAGUGGGGUCUUUGCCUUCUAAUAUAACUGAAUCCAAAUUUCAUCUGAAGUCUUUCCACCCGCUAACAAUAUAAGAUAUCUUUUAAAAUGCUUUCCAUCUUUAGUUUAGUAGGCAUAUGCUGUAUAUAUAAUUUUCCCAUGCUUCUGGCCACAAUCAAAUGUAAGGUUUGUUAGAGAAUUCUCCAUUUAUUUGGAACACCACAAUACUUUAUCCUGUAUCACCCCAGUCCAACCUAACCCAGUAUUUGAACUCCCCUUCUGUUUUCUGUUGGAAUGGUACGCUGUUUCACAUUAGAUGUAGCAAAUUGCUACAGGGCAUUCCAGCAGCCCUUUAAUCCAGUAAUUUGAUGGACUCUUUGGAUAUGCCUAAUAAUGGCAGUAAGGGGAGAGUUGAGAUUAUAAUGAACUAAUGUAUUAUCUCAAGUUUUGCUGCCCCUCCCCAAAUUCUUUCAGUAUACCCUCUCCUCCCUGGAGGAGGUUAUCUUGAAUUAAUUAUUGUAAUUUUGUAUUUGUAUAAUUUAUUUAAACUGCGGGUUUUUUUUCUAUUAAAUUAUUGUAAUAAAAGUUUCCUGCUUUAAAAAAUAAA